CGACGGCCGAACCUCCGCGAAAUCCUCGCCAACACCUCCGAGGCCCCGUGGACCCUGGCCGCCUUCAUGGCCUAUCUCUCCAGCAACCACUGCUUGGAAACAUUGGAAUUCACCAUGGACGCCGACCGAUACAAGCAGCAUUACAUGAAGAUGAUGGCGAACGCGGGCCCGACGGGCGUGCCGUCGCCGAAAGACCGGGACUUCGUGCAGGAGCUGUGGGAGCGACUGGUCGAGGCGUACAUCCGGCCCAGCGGGUCGCGAGAAGUCAACAUCCCCUCCAAUGUCCGCGACCCCAUCCUGCGAAAGCGACCCGACGAGCUACCCCCCGCCCCGGAGACGCUCGAUCCCGCAGUAGACAAGAUCCACGAGCUCAUGGACGAGUCGCUUCUGGUGCCUUUCUUGAACAGCGUGUACCCGCAUUCCGGCAGCCCCACCACCGGCUCACGGCCAUUCAACGCAUCGCAGGAGAGCAUCACGCGACUGUCACAGAGCCACGAUGACCGGCAGCAUCGCGCACGAGACGCCUCCACCCGCAACUCCUCCCCGCCCUAUGCAGCCGCCGAGCAGACGGGUUCCCGCUCAUACUCACCCACCUCCAACCUCCACCGCAAAUCCACCCCUACUUCUUCUUCCGCGCGGCAGAGAAGACUAACGGAGGCCAUUUCUGAGAACUCGACGAGUGCUUACCCCGGCAUGACGGAUGACAGCGGCGACAGCCCAAUGCAUGACAGCCCGACCACGCCGCCUACCUCUCCGCCUCUGAGCGACUUGAACCACCCUCUCGGC